AUGGCCGCGCGCCGCUCGAAGCUCCUCUCGGCGGCCGUGCUCGGCGCGGUCGCCGCCGUGGCGCUGCUGGGAGCGCUUGCCUUCUGCGGCGCGGGGGCGGCGCCCGUGGCGCGCGGCAGGGUGGCCCAGGGCGCCCUGCCCAUGGACGCGGUGGGCGCGGUCGCGGACGCGUCCUCGAUCGUGACGUCGCUGCAGAUCCAGCAGCCCGCGUGGGCGGCCAACCUGGUGCUCGUGAUCGUCCCGAUUUCUAUUCUCAUCAUCAUCUACCUCCAGUCGGAGAAGACGCUUCAGGAGCGGGACGCGGUGAUCGGCAAGCAGAGGUUGUGA